AUUUGACCCACCCUGUACAUUUUAAAAAUAUUUUCAGACAUACAGGGCGAUUCAGAUAAAUUUUUACACUGAAGAUGUGGUUCUUUAGAUGGGAUGUAGCGUAUAUUUCUUGCAUAGGUCAUUAGUGAUUAAAUACCCUUUCCACAAAUACCAUAAUGUCAUAUUUAUGUCAUCAUCUAUACAGAUCUAAACAUUGUGCUCUUCUAUUUCCCUCAUAUUUAAUAAAGAGGACUGAAAUGAAAAUCUGAAAUAGAAACUGAUAGUUUUUUAGGAACCCUGUAUAUUUUUUAUUUUAAGGUUAUGAAAAAAAUAAGACCAGGAAAUUACGAAUACCAGGCUGAAUCAGAGUUUUUAAAUGCAUGCUACAAGAAAGGUGGCUGUCGCCACGUGUCGUACACGUGUAUCUGUGGCUCUGGUGUAAACGGAGCCAUUCUACAUUACGGUCAUGCAGGUGCUCCUAACAGUUCUCCGAUUAAAGAUGGCGCCGUCUGUCUUUUUGACAUGGGAGGAAACUACUUUGGAUACGCUGCUGACAUUACUUGUUCAUUUCCAGCUAAUGGAAAAUUUACCCCUGAUCAAAAGUUGAUUUAUGAAGCUGUUUUAUCAGCAAACAGAGCAGUUCAUAAAGCUGUUAAACCUGGAGUAUCUUGGGUAGAUAUGCACAGUCUAGCAAACAAAAUUCUGUUAGAAGAACUGAAGAAAGGAGGUCUUCUACAAGGAGACGUCACAAAUAUGCUUGAAGCUGGAUUAGGAGCUAUUUUUCAACCUCAUGGUUUGGGCCAUUUGAUGGGCUUGGACGUUCACGACGUAGGAGGGUAUUUAGCUGGUCAACCAGAAAGACCAACCAAGCCAGGCUUGAAUAAACUAAGAACAGCCAGAAUUUUAAAACCAGGGAUGGUAUUUACAAUUGAACCAGGAUGUUACUUUAUUGAACCGGUAAGAAAUCAAAGUUAUGGAUGGUUCAUACAUACUAGUGAUGGGCAUUACGAUUC